UGGUUCAACAACCAGUUCGAAAGCAUCUCCCGGUUCUCCAACCCAACCCACGACGAGGACAAUGCACUUGGUUAGUAUUUUUUUUAUUUGUAGCAUUAUGUUUUUUUCCAUUAAUUAACUUGCUAACUUGUUUUUUUUUUAAAGGUUAACCAAGUCGAGAAAUGGCAUUAGCAGGAGCAUCAAUCAGAUGAUGUACUCCAUGCUCCGUUUUGGAUAUUCAAAGUGGAGUGUGAUCCCUUCCGACGAACGAGAGUUGUGGUUUCGUCAGUUUGCACAAGAGUUCAACUGGCACUCCGAUCUCACGGAAACAGUCCGUAAGAAAUUCAACGAAAAGGCCAUGGACUCUGAUACGAAGCAGAUGAACGCGUGGAAGACAAUUUGGCAGAAGAACAAGAGGCCACGGUUCAUCAACGGGACGGUGUGGGAGCAGUUGAUAGCUCAUUGGGAGAAGGAAGAAACUGCAGAGACGUCUUCUAGGAACUCCAAGAACUAGAAGUGCGAUCGUGGCGGGAAAGGUAUGUAUGUGCACAACCUCAGCGCUUGCUCUAUGUCUACUAAGGAGGAUGAACUUGUAAGUUUUUUAUUAUUAUUUAUCU